CAUCUCAUUUUCCUCCUUCUUUCUCUUCUCCUCUCUUCUUCCCUCCACAAUUUUUUUCUCUUUUCUCUUCCGUGUUGCAGCAUUCUUAACCCGAAACAACGACCUGCGCGCAACAAAAAGAUUAAAAAACCGUUUUUUAUUUUUAUUUUUUUUUUGGUUUUGGUUGGUGGAGGAGUUGCUUUGCUUCUUGGUUGACUCGGAUUCUUUUGAAUUUGCAUUAAAUUUUGAAUUUUUUUCCCCUGUUUGCGAUCCAGGGUGGGUUGUUUUUGGCGUCAUUUGAUGCUUCGUGUCAUGGGUUUUGCUGAUUUGAAUCCUUUGACACCCCAGCAAAGCUUGUUCUUUUCUGAACACGCUGGUUUUGUGACCGAGAGAUAGAGCAACAACUGUUAUUACUUCACGAUGUUCUAUGUUGUUCGCUAGCGUAACAAGCAUUUAUGGAUGACAGUAUUAACAGCAAUCACUGCCUCCACUAUUAUCAUCACCAGAAUCAGCAUCAAAAUCAGAGUGUGUGUGAGAAGAUGGAGAAGCAUCCGAGGGAUUUGCUUGGAGGGUUUUCUAUGGGUAGUGUUAGCGUGAGUGAUGAUAGCAAUAGGCUUAAUGUUAAUGUUACUGCAAUGAAACAAGAGGAGGAGGAGGAUGAUGAUGAAGAGGUUGAGUUGAACCUUGGUCUCUCUUUGGGUGGGAGGUUUGGGGUGGAUAAGAACCCGAAGAAGACAAAGCUUAUGCGUUCUUCUUCUGUGGUGGGGACAAUGCCUCUGUUUCGGGAGGACGACGCUGUGGCGCCGCCGCCUGCAUCGUUUCCGGCGCUCAUGAGGACCACCUCGCUGCCCACGGAGACGGAGGAAGAGUGGCGGCGGAGGAAGGAGAUGCAGACCCUGCGCCGGAUGGAGGCCAAGCGGCGGCGAUCGGUGAAGCAGAGAGGCUCCCGGGAGGUUUCCGCCAGCAGCGGUGGCGGAGAGGAGGUGGAGGGUGGAGGUGCACCAAUGGGGUUGAGCAGGUACGGAUUGGUGCCGCCACCGGCAGGUCUGAUGUGGGGUCCGGCUGCGAAACAGGUUGUUCUUGGCGAUGUGAUGGGGAAAGGGAAAGGCUUUCAAGGGUUGUUUGGGCAGCCAUGUUCUCAGGGCUCGGCGGAUUCACAAGGGGGGAGCUCUUCAUCGCUGUCUGAAAUGGAUAGCAAGGCUUUUUUAGGAUCUGGAUCUGGUAGUUGUGGUGAAGCAAGAAGCCCUGCUAGUAAUCAUUCAAAGCAAGAAAGAAGCAGUCAGGAUCCUGUGGGUCCAGGGACAAAGGCAAAUGAGAAUGUGACCAGAACAUCCAAAGCUGAGAUGGAGAAUCCAUCUAAGAAACCUCAUUCUUCCCAAAAUAUAAUGAGGAGGGAAAUUGGGACAAACACAAUGGAGGACAUGCCUUGUGUGUUUACAAAAGGUGAUGGUCCUAAUGGAAGAAGAGUUGAGGGAAUAUUGUACAAAUAUGGUAAAGGGGAGGAAGUGAGGAUCAUGUGUGUGUGCCAUGGAAACUUCCUCUCUCCAGCUGAAUUUGUAAAGCAUGCCGGUGGUGGAGAUGUUGCACACCCCCUUAGGCACAUUGUUGUGAACCCUUCUGCUUCUCCCCUUUUGUGAUGGAGUUCCCUCUUGCCCUUCAACUGUAGGGCUGUAAUAUAAGUUACAUUGAGGGAAUAAACAAUAGUUUGAUAGCUUCUUAUCUUUAUCUCCAUUUUUUCUUAGCCCUUGAAUGAAGCAAUAUUAUAUAUAAACACAUGCUUCUCUUCUGGAAGGGGGUAAUAAAUUGCUCACUUCCAUAUCUUUAUUUGGUUUUUUAACGUGUGACAACUUGAUUGUUAA